UAUUUGUUACAAUUGAAAAACUUGCAGGUUUUAGCAACAAUGCUCCGAGUGGUACAUUUGCUGCUUUGGGGACUUUUCCUCCCGGCGUUGUUCAGGAAGUCGGAAGUUGUUGGACUCGACCAAACCCUCGAACCUGAAUGCGGUGGCUUCCUUCUUGCUUCAGAUACGCAAGAAGUUAUCUCUUCACCACCAUCUCAUUAUGAAACUACAACAUUUUGUAACUGGACAAUUCAAGCACCAGCUGAUCGAUUCGUUAAAUUACAGUUCCAGAAUAUUGACCUUGACGAGUGCUGUAAUAAAAUAACAGUUUCUCAAGCAGAUCUGGAGAAAAUGGAUACAAUUGCCUUCAUGCCUGAAAAUUCAUAUUAUUCUUACCUUGGAGGAAGUUUGAAUGUAGUAUUUGAAAGCUUUAAAACUUCUGACAAGAAAACUGGAUUUCGAGCAGUAUAUGUUGCUGAGAAACCUGGUGUUGAAAUCAUGCCUCCACCAGCUAUCGGUGACGAAAAUUGGCCAUUCAAAACAACUCCAACAGAUCCAAGAACUGAUGCUCCAUUUGAUGACUGUGGAGGCGAAAUCAUUGUCAGAGGGGAUGGAAAGAUUAAUUCACCUGGAUACCCUAUGAAAUAUCGAGGGGGCCUUGAUUGUUGGUGGAGAUUGGCAACUGAAAAUGAUGAUCAUCGAAUAUCAAUAGAAUUUGAAACUGUAGAAACCGAAAAUUGCUGCGAUUUUGUUGAGGUCUACGAUGGAAAUGAUCUGCAAAAAAAAUUACGUGGCACUUAUUAUACUGCUCCAGUAUACAAUUUCACAUCGACUGGGAAUACAGUUCGAAUCCAUUUCCAUUCUGAUAAUGAAAAUGAGAUGAAAGGGUUUUCUGCAUAUUUCAUUUUGGAAAUCGGUUCUAAAAUGCCCCCAAUUUCUCCAAGCAAUGCAACAUUUAUUGGAACGACUGAUGUACCAUCAGUUGUAACAGGUACAAUACCUGUGUCUUCUAUUUUAUCUACUAUUCAAAGUGUUGCCAGUACUAUUUCUAUGGCAGAGGAACAGACAACCACCAUAAAGACGACCACUUUGCCUGUUCAAACGACAACACAAUCACCAGAAUGUGGUGAAACAAGUCUCACAGCAUCUGACAGUGCCAAUAGGUUGCAAUUUCCUCCAUGGCGAAGCACAUUUAGUGGUGGAAUUCUGUGCGUCUGGAGCAUCAGAGCACCAGAGGGUCUCGAAAUAGAACUUGAGUUUUCUUACAUUGAUGUGAACGAGUGUUGUGAUUUUAUUGAGGUUUUAGUAAAAGAUGGUGCUGACGAGGGUAUUCAAUUUCAUCACUUCACUUCUUUGCCUGGAGUAAGCUAUGUUGUACCUGUGGGAGGAGUAAUUAAGGUUACAUACAACACAUUUGGAUUAAUGCCUACUGGAGGCUUCAGAGCUACAUAUUAUACAAGAUUGCCAGAAGGCAUCACAAUGAUGAUAUCCACAAGUGAAGAACCAACAACUGUGGUCGAAACUACUGCAAUCAUUUCAGAAUUCACAACUACUCCCAUAGGCAAAACAACAAGUGCACUUUCAAUACCAUCAUUGCGACCCAAAUCAUGUGAACGAACACUCAGAAAGAUGGAUAUAGGGAAAGUUUAUGUUUUACAAUCACCUGAUCGAGACAGCUCCAAUUGCAGAUGGAGAUUUCGUGCUGCCCGAGGUCUUAGCAUAAGAUUCAGAUUUAUUGAAUUUGAUAUUCAACCUCAGUAUGGAAACUUUACUAUACUCGAUGCACCUAAAUUUAAAGUUAAUUGGGACAAAGCCAAGGCUCUACAGAUAAUAAAUGGGAAAAGAGAUGGAUUUGUUGUUGAAGUUGAUCAUUAUCUAACAGCUGUAAAAUAUAAUAUCAUUGCUCGACAACCAGGAUUUGUACUUGUAUAUGAAUCUUUCUUGCCUAUUGGGGAAUGCGGCUACACUGCUAGAGCUACUGAAAAGGAUAGAUUUAUGAAAAGUCCAGGAUGGCCCAAACGUCCCUUCAAGGGACAUAUUAAAUGUAAUUGGACAAUAGAGAGUGCUGUUAAAAGAAAAGAAGUUUCAUUUGACUUGCUUGAGUUUUAUGCACCCAGUGAAGGAGACAGUUUGAUGAUUUAUGAUGGUUCGAAAUUACUUGCUAAUAUUCAAGAUAGUUUGCUUGCACCAACUUUUUACACUUCUACAAAAGGAAAAUUACAAAUUAUAUAUGAAGGAAUGGAACAUGAUGAUUUGAAAGGUUUUCAUGGUGUAUACAAAAUAGAUCUACCAACGACAGCAUCACCAACCACUGCUGAAAAAACAACAUUCCGUGCUGUGAGACCAUCGGUUGUAAACACGCCAACUGCAACAGCAACUGCAGUUUGUAUUUCAGUACAACUGCUGACAGAAGUGACAACAAAUAUGUUGUCAACAACAGAUCUACCAACGACAGCAUCACCAACCACUGCUGAAGGAACAACAUUCAGUGCUGCGAGACCAUCGGUUGUAAACACGCCAACUGCAACAGCAACUGCAGUACAACUGCUGACAGAAGUUACAAAUAUAUUGUCAACAACAGGUCCACCAACAACACCUUCAUCUGCUACAGAUGCACCAGGAUAUAGUACUGUGGGAAUAUCUGUUGCAAUAUCAGCAAGUGCAACUACUGCAACAGUUCAACUAAUGACAGAUGUUGCAACUAAGAUGCUCUUAAACACAGAUGCAGAUAAGCCAACAACACCUUCAUUGGACACAUAUGUAAAUAACUCAACACUUUCAUCUGAUACAGAUGCUCUAACGUACACCACUGAUGCAGAUAAGCCAACAACACCUUCAUCAGACACAUAUGUAAAUAACUCAACACUUUCAUCUGAUACAGAUGCUCCAACAGACUCCACUGCGGCAAUAUCGAUUGCAAUGUCACCGAGUGCAACUACAGCUGCAGCUCAACUAUUGACAGAUGUUUUUACUAAAGUGUCUUCAACAACAGGUCCAAUUCCUGCCAUAAAAUGUUAUGAAAUAUUGAUUUCGGGAGUUCCUGGAAAUCCAAAUAACAUGAAAAAUGCUGCGCAAUGUUUACCUGGACAUAAAUGUGUUUUGGUAAAAUCUCAACUGCAAGUUCCACUUACCGAAACAACUAUUGAGAGCGUUUAUGGAUCAUGUGUUCCUGAAAGCAUAUGUUUACAAGAUACGUGUCGUGAAAUAUCUGAAGUAUUCCCUAUGUUGGGAAGCAAUUGCACUUCAUACUGUUGUGAUGAAGACUUCUGCAAUGACUACAAAAUGCCAGAGCCAGAAGUUACUGCUGCCCCUCAGUUGAAAUGUUACAGCAUUGUUGAAACGUCUGCCGUUGGAAAAACUUCUCAACUAACUCAGAUGAAUGUUCAAGAAUGUGCAGCUGGAUCAACUUGCUUGUAUGUCAAAGUCCUAGCAUCAAUGACCAUAGGAGAAACGUCUAGCAAAGUCUCAAGUGUGACAAGUUUUGGAAAUUGCUUUCCUAAAGCAUUAAAAGAGACUUAUGGAUGCGAACAAAUUUUUUCAUCAAUGAAUAGUUUGAAUCCUGGAAUAGCAAUGUCUGUUAUUAGCUGCGGGGUAUACUUUUGCGACACUGAUCUAUGCAAUUCUCCCCAAAGUGUUGAGAUAAUUAUUCCAAAUAUUGACAAUGAAGAAACAACGACUGAAAAAGCUGUUGAACAGACAACUGCUCCAUCUAUAACGUCAACAGGUAGUUCCACAACUGGAAUCGAUUGUUUUGACAUGUUGCAAGUUUCCCUAACUGGAAAACCACCUGUUCACGAUGUGAAAAAUACAACGUCAUGUGAUCUUGGGUGGAAAUGUGUUUAUGCAGAGGCCGAGAUGGAAUCUGAUGGAAUUUUUCUACAAGUAAUUUAUGGAACAUGUGUGCCGAAUGCAUUGUGUGACAAUGAUCCUUGCAAUCAGAUUGCAACGAUUUUACCGGACUUGAGCAUGGAUUACAAUUUGAAGAGAUGCACUGCCCGGUGUUGUGAACAAAAUUUAUGCAAUGAAAGAAUAUCAACUGCAAUUGUUGAAUCAACAACAAUACACACAGUUUCAACAUUCAUGUUACAAACUGUGUCGACACCAAUUUUGACAACACCAGAUACAGAUCCUAAUACUCUGCAGUGUUACUCCAUACAAAAAAUUGAAUCAAGUUUGAAUUAUCUUAACGCAGAUGUAAACAAUGUAUUGACUUGUUCAUCAGGAUCAGUUUGCUAUUUUCUUACAUCUGAAUACUAUAUAUCUGUUGGGAAUGUUCGCACCAAAGUAAAAAUGACUUCUGCAAAUUGUCGAGAUUCGUGUCAAGAUGAUUGCUCAGAUUUGAGUAGAGUAAUUCAAGGUUCUUCUGGUGUGAAUGUUGAUGUUCAAAGUUGUACUUCUUAUUGUUGUUCUGAAGAUCUUUGUAAUGCUGAUAAAAAAAUUGUAACUCAAACAACACAGCAAUCUAUUACAGAUAUGAAUGCGACACAUAGCGCAAUUGAAAAUUCAUCAGAAGGACUCAUGUGCUACAACACUCUUAUAGCAGAUUUACCUGCUGGACAAACCAUCAAUCAACAAGCUAAAGAUGAUUGUGGAAAUAAUUCUGUUUGCAUGCUUGUGACAGUUGAUAGCACAGUUUAUACAUCGGAUUCAGAAUCUUUUUCAGCAACAAUGGUUUUUGGAUCCUGCUUUCCUGCAUCUUCUCGUUCUUCUACAUCUUGUGAACAAUUGUUAAGCAACAUAGAUAUUGCAUCUACUUACACAAAUGGAAAUGUAACUUUUGACAAAUGUAUUUUAUCCUUCUGUCAUGAAGAUUUCUGCAACAAUCCUGAAGCAUCUCUUGUACCUCAUAUCCCAGAUAUUAAGGAACCAGUUGGUCCAUCAAUUCAGUGUUAUGUUAUAAAUAAUGUCGAGUCUAAGUUUGAUAUGUUGAAUCAAGAUACAAAAUCAAUAACUAUGUGCCCUGCUGGGUCUAGCUGUCAUCUAAUUAAAGCUGAUGUUCAUAUGAGGACGAAUUUAUUUUCUACAAAUGUGACAAUUACAAAUGGGAGAUGCAUUGCAUCAGCAUUCUGUGAAUAUAGCGAUUGCAAACAGUUCAGGGAUUUUCUUCCCAGUGAAAUUUCUGAAGUAAGUUAUGACAUCAUUGAUUGCAAAUCGAGCUGUUGCUCUGAAGAUCUGUGUAAUGAUAUUGAUGAAAUUCCGGUUCUUACAACAAUGACAUCACAAGAAACUACUGUGGUUACAAAACCACCUGGAAUUACAAAGGGUUUAUUGUGUUACACCACAUUAAUUACUGAUACUUCUGGAUACAAAGCAAUCAACCAACAAACUGAGACAGAUUGUGGUGAAGAUGCAGUAUGUGUGUUGUUGCAGGUGGAGAGUUCUGUGCUGUCUGACUAUGGAACAUCCAAAGUUACGACAACAUACGGAUCAUGUUUUUCGAUUUCUGCACGAGAUUAUACUGGAUGUGAGUUGAUGUUAAAUGAUGUACAAAAAGAGUCUGCAAUGUCAGCAUCGAUAAAAGAAGUAACGAUUGAAAAUUGUCGUUUGUCAUUUUGUGAGACAAACCUAUGUAAUGAUCAUAAUGGACCUCCUUUGCCUACUCAUGUUCCCUCAGUUGUUAUCACAGAUGCAGGAGAGCCAAUUGAAUGUUAUGUUAUUCAAAAUAUUGAGUCUCCAAUGAGUGUAGUUAACAGUAAAUCCCAAACAAUAAGGCAAUGUCCUGCUGGAUCCAGCUGUCAAUUAGUUGAGGCCGACAUGUCAUUCUCUGGAUUUGGUGGAUUUGGAUCUAGUAUGAAAAUUGUGACAGGAAAUUGCAUUCUGACAGCAAUUUGUAAAUUCAGUAACUGUGAACAAAUGAAAAACUUGUUGCCAAGUAAUGUUGCAGGAGUUAGUUUUACACUGAAUAGUUGUAAAACGUCAUGUUGUGACAGUAAUCUGUGCAAUGAUGUUGAUGUGGAAGAAAACACUACAUAUAAACCUGAAGAGUAUACAACACAGUCUGUUCUCACUUCAGGAUUGUCAUGUUACACCACACUGAUUACUGAAACUUCUGGAUACAAAGCAAUCAACCAACAAACUGAAACAGAUUGUGGUGAAGAUGCAGUAUGUGUGUUGUUGCAGGUGGAGAGUUCUGUGCUGUCUAACUAUGGGACAUCUAAAGUUGGGACAACAUAUGGAUCAUGUUUUCCUAUUUCUGCUCGAGAUUAUACUGGAUGUGAGUUGAUGUUGAAUGAUGUACAAAAACAGUCUGAAAUAUCAACAUCGAUAGAAAAUGUAACAAUUGAAAGUUGUCGUUUGUCAUUUUGUGAGACAAACUUAUGUAAUGAUCAUACUGGACCUCCUUUGCCUACUCAUGUUCCAUCAGUUGUUAUCACAGAUGCAGGAGAGCCAAUUGAAUGUUAUGUUAUUCAAAAUAUUGAGUCUCCAAUAAGUCAGGUCAACAGUAAAUCACAAACAAUAAGGCAAUGCCCUGCUGGAUCAAGCUGUCAAUUAGUUGAGGCCAACAUGUCAUUCUCUUCAGGAUUCGGUGGAUUUGGAUCUAGUAUGAAAGUUGUGACAGGAAAUUGCAUUCUGACAGCAAUGUGUAAAUUCAGUAACUGUGAGCAAAUGAAAAACUUGUUGCCAAGUAAUGUUGCAGGGGUUAGUUUUACACUAAAUAGUUGCAAAACUUCAUGUUGUGACAGUAAUCUGUGCAAUGAUGUUGAUGUGGAAGGAAACACUACAUAUAAACCUGAAGAGCCUACAACACAGCCUGUUCCUAAUACAGGAUUGUCAUGCUACACCACACUAAUUUCUGAAACUUCUGGAUACAAAGCAAUCGAUCAACAAACUGAAAUGGAUUGUGGUGAAGAUGCAGUAUGUGUGUUGUUGCAGGUGGAAACAUCUGUGUUGUCUGACUAUGGAACAUCCAAAGUUACAGUUACAUACGGAUCAUGUUUUCCGGUUUCUGCUCGAGAUUAUACCGGAUGUGAAAUGAUGUUAAAUGAUGUACAAAAGCAGUCUGGAAUGUCAGCAUCGAUAGAAGAAGUAACGAUUGAAAGUUGUCGUUUGUCAUUUUGUGAGACAAACUUAUGUAAUGAUCAUACUGGACCUCCUUUGCCAACUCAUGUUCCCUCAAUUGUUAUCACAGAUUCAGCAGAGCCGAUUGAAUGUUAUGUUAUUCAAAAUAUUGAGUCUCCAAUGAGUGUAGUCAACAGUAAAUCACAAACAAUAAGGCAAUGUCCUGCUGGAUCCAGCUGUCAAUUAGUUGAGGCCGGCAUGUCAUUCUCUUCGGGAUUCGGUGGAUUUGGAUCUAGUAUGAAAGUUGUGACAGGAAAUUGCAUUCUGACAGCAAUGUGUAAAUUCAGUAACUGUGAGCAAAUGAAAAACUUGUUGCCAAGUAAUGUUGCAGGGGUUAGUUUUACACUAAAUAGUUGCAAAACUUCAUGUUGUGACAGUAAUCUGUGCAAUGAUGUUGAUGUGGAAGGAAACACUACAUAUAAACCUGAAGAGCCUACAACACAGCCUGUUCCUAAUACAGGAUUGUCAUGUUACACCACACUAAUUACUGAAACUUCUGGAUACAAAGCAAUCGAUCAACAAACUGAAAUAGAUUGUGGUGAAGAUGCAGUAUGUGUGUUGUUGCAGGUGGAAACAUCUGUGUUGUCUGACUAUGGAACAUCCAAAGUUACAGUUACAUAUGGAUCAUGUUUUCCGGUUUCUGCUCGAGAUUAUACCGGAUGUGAACUGAUGUUAAAUGAUGUACAAAAGCAGUCUGGAAUGUCGGCAUCGAUAGAAGAAGUAACGAUUGAAAGUUGUCGUUUGUCAUUUUGUGAGACAAACUUAUGCAAUGAUCAUACUGGACCUCCUUUGCCAACUCAUGUUCCCUCAGUUGUUAUCACAGAUUCAGGAGAGCCGGUUAAAUGUUAUGUUAUUCAAAAUAUUGAGUCUCCAAUGAGUGUAGUCAACAGUAAAUCACAAACAAUAAGGCAAUGUCCUGCUGGAUCCAGCUGUCAAUUGGUUGAGGCCGACAUGUCAUUCUCUUCAGGAUUCGGUGGAUUUGGAUCUAGUAUAAAAGUUGUGACAGGAAAUUGCAUUCUGACAGCAAUGUGUAAAUUCAGUAACUGUGAACAAAUGAAAAACUUGUUGCCAAGUAAUGUUGCAGGAGUUAGUUUUACACUGAAUAGUUGCAAAACUUCAUGUUGUGACAGUAAUCUGUGCAAUGAUGUUGAUAUGGAAGGAAGCACUACAUAUAAACCUGAAGAGCCUACAACACAACCUGUUCCUAAUGCAGGAUUGUCAUGUUACACCACACUAAUUACUGAAACUUCUGGAUACAAAGCAAUCGAUCAACAAACUGAAAUGGAUUGUGGUGAAGAUGCAGUAUGUGUGUUGUUGCAGGUGGAAACAUCUGUGUUAUCUGACUAUGGAACAUCCAAAGUUACAAUUACAUACGGAUCAUGUUUUCCGAUUUCUGCACGAGAUUAUACUGGAUGUGAGUUGAUGUUAAAUGAUGUACAAAAACAAUCUGGAAUGUCAGCAUCAAUAGAAGAAGUAACAAUUGAAAGUUGUCGUUUGUCAUUUUGUGAGACAAACUUAUGUAAUGAUCAUACUGGAACUCCUUUGCCUACUCAUGUUCCUUCAGUUGUUAUCAUAGAUUCAGGAGAGCCAAUCGAAUGUUAUGUUAUUCAAAAUGUUGACUCUCCAUUGAGUGUAGUCAAUAGUAAAUCACAAACAAUAAGACAAUGCCCUGCUGGAUCUAGCUGUCAACUAGUUGAGGCCGACAUGUCAUUUUCCAGAUUUGGUGGAUUUGGAUCUAGUAUGAAAGUUGUGACAGGAAAUUGCAUUCUGACAGCAAUGUGUAAAUUCAGUAACUGUGAACAAAUGAAAAACUUGUUGCCAAGUAAUGUUGCAGGAGUUAGUUUUACACUGAAUAGUUGUAAAACUUCAUGUUGUGACAGUAAUCUGUGCAAUGGUGUUGAUGUGGAGGAAGACACUACAUAUAAACCUGGAGAGUAUACAACACAGUCUGUUAUUACUACAGGUUUAUCAUGUUACACCACACUAAUUACUGAAAUUUCGGAAUACAAGCUUAUCAACGAACAAACUGAAACAGAUUGUGGUAAAGAUGCAGUAUGUGUGUUGUUGCAGGUGGAGAGUUCUGUGCUGUCUGACUAUGACUAUGGAUCUGAAGUUUUGACAAUAUAUGGAUCAUGUUUUCCGAUUUCUGCACGAGAUUAUACUGGAUGUGAGUUGAUGUUCAAUGAUGUACAAGAACAGUCUGGAAUGUCAGCAUCAACAGACAAUGUAACAAUUGAAAGUUGUCGUUUGUCAUUUUGUGAGACAAACUUAUGUAAUGAUCAUACUGGACCUCCUUUGCCUACUCAUGUUCCCACAGUAAAUAUUACAGGAAAAGCUGUUGAAUGCCAUGUCAUACAAUAUGUGGAGUCUUCCUUAACCGCCUUAAACAGAAAAUCACACACAAGAACACAGUGUUCGAUCGGACAAAGCUGUCAGUUGGUUGAAGCUCAUAUGUUAUUCUCCUCUCAGUUGGUUGGAUUUAAUGUAAACGCCAAAAUUACCAAUGGAAAUUGUAUUCCAACACCAAUGUGCGAGUUUGCCAACUGUCAUCAACUUAAAGAUUUGAUGCCAACCAAUCUUGAUGGCAUAAGUUUCGAAAUUAUAAACUGUACAGCUUCAUGUUGUGAGGGUGAUCUAUGUAAUGCUGUUAAAACUGAGGAUGAUGUUGAUGAGUCAACAAAUAUACCAAUUGCAUCUACAUGGUAUUCAGACACAACAGGUCCAAGUUCUGGUGCAAUCAUAUGUUAUCAGACACUUAUUGCUUCCUCAGACGGAGUUAGAUCUGUCAUUGAAAAAAGGGAAUCUUGGUGUGGUGAAGAAUCUCUCUGCAUGCUGAUAAGCAUUUAUGGUACUGUCACUCUUCCUGGAUCUGCAUCGAAUGGCUCAGUUAUAUAUGGGUCUUGUGUUCCGAAACUAGCACGUGACAGUGCAACUUGCGAAUUUAUGAUGAGAGAAAUCAAAGGUGCAAGUGGAUCUUCAACAAAUUUAGACCAAUUGACAGUACACAGUUGCAAUUUAUCUUUCUGUGAAACAAACUUAUGUAAUGAUGAAACUGGGCCACCUCUUUCCAUACAUGUUCCUUCCACUAAAGUAACAGUUCCAACAGAAUUACUUGAGUGCUAUGUCAUCAAUAAUUUUGUGUCCGGAGAUCUAACUGUAGAUCAUUAUACAAGGAAAACAACUUGUCUUCCGGGAUCAAGUUGUAGUUUACUUGAAUCUCGCAUAGAAGUAACUUCUGAAUAUACUGGGCACUCGACUAAUUUGACACUUGUUUCUGGAAAUUGUGUUAAUACUGCGUGGUGUAGAGAUAUUAACUGCAAAGACCUUCCUGAUCUGUUACCUGAAAACGUGGGAAUGACAGAAAGAAUUCUGCAAUGCAAAUUGUCAUGUUGUUCUGAAAAUUUAUGCAAUGCUCUCACUCAAAAAAAUGUUGAUGAGGAACCUACGGAUACACCAUCACCUACAUAUUCUGUACCUACUGCAGAUUCGAAACUUAAAUGUUACAAUACUCUGAUCAGUGAAUCGUCUGGAUAUCGGUCUCUUGAUCAACAGGAAGAAGUAGAUUGUGAUGAAGACUCUUUAUGCAUGUUGGUAAAUGUACAUUUAUAUGUCACUGUAUUGGGAAUAAAAUCAGAAGUUUUUACAAUAUAUGGAAUGUGCUAUCCAAAGGCUGCGAAAGAUUAUGCAACAUGUGAUCAAAUCAUAAGUAAACUUGGAACUGCAGAAUCAAUAAAUUUAAAAGUUGAAAAUUGUGAUUUGUCAUUUUGUGAGAAGAAUUUAUGUAAUGAUCAUUCUGAAUUCUUGAUAUCAAAAAAUGCAACAGAACCUGAUAACCCUAUUCAAUGUUAUGUAAGACAAAAAGUUGAAUCAGAUUUUCCUGGGAUUGCAAGGGAUGAAUCAUCAAUAUCAACUUGUGCGGUUGGAUUAAUUUGUCAAACUAUGACUGCAGAUAUGAAGAUACACUCUGGAUUCAUGAACAUAACAAUGAAGGUAACUGUUGGGAACUGUGUAGAAACUUCAAUGUGUGAACUAAGCAAUUGCAAAUAUCUAAAUAAUCUGAUGCCUGAUUCGUUGCAAGGAUUAAAUGGUGAAGUUACUGGUUGCAAAACUAAAUGUUGUUCCGAUAAUUUAUGCAAUUUUGGAGAAGAUGGUUUGAAGUAUACAACAGCUACAACUGCUCCUUCAUAUACUGUGCCUGGCAAGUCAGUUAGAGUAUCGAGAUGCUAUGAGACUUUGAUCAGCAAAACUUCUGGAAUUCAAGCUCUUAACCAACAGAAAGAGGUUGAUUGUGAUGAAGACUCAAUCUGCAUGUUGUUAAAUGUACAAUCUAUGGUCAGCAUUGUAGGGAUUGAAACAAAAGUUUCCACAAUAUAUGGAUCGUGUUAUCCAAAACUUGCAAAAUUGUAUACAACAUGUGAACGAAUGAUGAGUCAAGUUCCAGCAUUGGGGUCAUCCUCAAAUAUGAAAGUUGAAAAGUGUAGUUUGUCAUUCUGUGAAGAGGAUUUAUGCAAUGAUCAUACAAAAUUAGUUAACCAAACAAAACCUUCUACUACACUCCAAUGCUAUCAUAUGCAGCAUGUUGAUUCUGAUUACUCUGAUGUCAAAAAGAAUGAAUUGUCAACUAUAAACUGUGCUCUUGGAUCUAGUUGUCAAACAAUGGUUGCAGAUUUGAGAAUUAUAUCUGGAUAUAUGAACACAUCGAUGAAAGUAACCGUUGGAAGUUGUACACCAACUGCGAUGUGUGAACUAAAUAAUUGUGAAUAUCUUAAUAAUGUGCUGCCUAGUUCAUUGCAAGGAUUGAAUUUUGAAGUUACUGGUUGUAAAGCAGCAUGCUGUUCUGAUAGUUUAUGUAAUUACCGAGAAGAUGGUUUGUUGAAUACAACAUCUACACAUGGUUUGAAGUAUACAGCAUCCACAUUUGCUCCUUCAUAUACUUCGCCUGAUAUCUUUGAUACAGAUUGCUACACUGGUAUUGGAGUUGAUUAUCGUGGUUUUGUUUCUGAAACUGUCAGCGGAAGAUCAUGUCAAAGAUGGGAUUCACAAAGUCCGCAUGAACAUGUCAGAACUCCUGAAAGAUUUCCCUACAAAGGAAUAAUCAACAACAAUUAUUGUCGGAAUCCUGAUCAAGAAGGAACUAGACCUUGGUGUUAUACAACUGAUAGUGGUCUAAGAUGGGAAUAUUGUCCAGUACAACAAUGUUCAGAUCCUUUACGCACAAAUCCGGUUCCAACUAUUGUGACCGAAGGUGAAUUUGCUACAACUGAUAUUCUGCCAACUACAACAAAAGAUGUUAAAGAAAUAUCAUGUUUCUUUGGGACGCUUGAGACAAUGGUUGAUGAUAUUCAUAUAGCACCUGACAAAGAUACCAAGCAAUGCGGCCAAGGAUUCAAGUGCAUGUUAAUACAGGUCAUUGCAUACUCGCCUACAGUAUUGACAGGGUCUGGAGUUUCUAAAAUUGUAGUCACAUAUGGAGACUGCUUGCCAAUAUCAACAAAUUGCUCUCCGGAAAGUUGUUUACCCAUUUUAUCUGGAACUCAAGAUUUCUCAAGUGAAGCAAAUAUAACAUCAUGCGAUAUAACUUGUUGUGAUACCAACUUAUGUAAUGAGCCAAUGAAAGUUUCGACUACAAGAACUGUUGCUUCAACACUUGUUACUAUCCCUUAUACUGAUUGCUACACUGGUAUUGGAGUUGAUUAUCGUGGUUCUGUUUCUGUGACUGUCACUGGUAGAACAUGUCAAAGAUGGGACUUGCAAACACCUCAUGAACAUAUAAGAACUCCUGAAAGGUUUCCCUACAAAGGAAUAAUCAACAACAAUUAUUGUCGAAAUCCUGAUCAAGAAGGAACUAGACCUUGGUGUUAUACAACUGAUCGUGGUCAAAGAUGGGAAUAUUGUCCAGUAUCAAAAUGCUCCGACACAUUACCCACAACUCCAUUUACCACCACUGCAACAGAACAAGAGUCAACUGCUUCUAAUUACGUAACAACAACACCAGAAGAAUCUCAAGCAAUUUCUUGUUUCCAUGGACUUCUUGAAACCAGAGCAGAUGGUGUACAAUUAUUAAGUGAAAAAAAAAUCAAGACAUGUGGUCAAGGAUUUGUCUGUAUGCUAAUUACAGCUGACGCAUACGCACCUUCACUAUUAGAAAAAUCAGAAAAUUCUGAAAUUAUGAUGAUAUAUGGGGACUGCCUGCCCUCAUCAGAAUAUUGCUCUCAUGAACGAUGUUUACCAAUUCUCUCGACAACUCAAGAUUUUUCAAGUGGAUUGAAUUUAACUUCAUGCGAUGUAACUUGUUGUGAUACUGACUUAUGUAAUGAUCCAAAAACGGUGUUACCAACUCAACCUCUGGUCACCACGGCUACCACGACACCUGUUUCUGGUAUGGAUCCAAGAGAAUGUUAUAAUGCUGAUGAUGGGGGAUCGAGUUAUCGAGGUAAUGCAUCCACUACACUAAUGGGUCUAACAUGUCAAAGAUGGGAUUCACAAACACCUCAUGAACAUACAAGGUCAUCAUCUAGGUACCCUAGUGCAGGAUUGGAAAGCAAUUAUUGUAGAAAUCCUGAUGAUUCAGAUGCACCUUGGUGUUACACAAUCGACGCUGAUCAAAGAUGGGAAUAUUGUUCAAUUCGAGUUUGCCAAGUUCAAACAACAACACAACCACGCACAACAGCUACAAAUGCAAUAUUCAAGUAUUCAACUACAACUUAUUCAGUUGUAACAACAUCACAACCCCAAACAACAGCCACAAGCAUUGCAUUUGAGUCAACUGCAGUUACUUCAGAUAUCUGCUAUACAACCAGUGAUGCAGGAGCAAGCUAUAGAGGUUUGGUUGCUGUUACUAAAAGCGGCAAGACAUGCCAACAGUGGGAUUUCCAGUGGCCUCAUGAACAUUCAAGAACCAAAGACAAUUAUCCUUUAUCUGGCUUAGAAAGUAAUUAUUGUAGAAAUCCUGAUGGUGAAGAAGCUCCAUGGUGUUAUACUACUGAUAUAGACAGCAGAUGGGAAUAUUGUCCAAUUCCUAAAUGUUCCAUUGAAAUAACAUCACAACCCCAAACAACAGCCACAAGCAUUGCAUUUGAGUCAACUGCAGUUACUUCAGAUAUCUGCUAUACAACCAGUGAUGCAGGAGCAAGCUAUAGAGGUUUGGUUUCUGUUACUAAAAGCGGCAAGACAUGUCAACAGUGGGAUUUCCAGUGGCCUCAUGAACAUUCAAGAACCGAAGACAAUUAUCCUUUGUCUGGCUUAGAAAGUAAUUAUUGUAGAAAUCCUGAUAGUGAAGAAGCUCCAUGGUGUUAUACUACUGAUAUAGACAGCAGAUGGGAAUAUUGUCCAAUAGCUAAAUGUUCCACUGAUGAUCGAGCUACUACUAUUCAAACAACAGUAACUGAAGGAACUAAUACAAAAGCAGUUCAUGUUUCAACUACUUCUGGUCAUGCGAUAGUAACUGAAGAUGUAACACAUGGGUUUUCUACACAAACAGAGACAACUAUGGGGCCAGAAAAAACAACAGAAGAUCAUUUAUCUAGGGCAACCAUGAGAACAGAGGAUAUAACAGAAGAUCAUUUAUCAAAUUGCUACUAUGGAUUGGACAAAGGAACAAGUUAUCGAGGCACAACAUCUACUACUAUCGGUGGUCGAACAUGUCAGAGAUGGGAUCUACAAACACCCCAUGAACAUACAAGAGUUCCGUCUAGAUAUCCCCUAUCGGGUUUAGAUGAAAAUUAUUGUCGAAACCCGGAUGUUGAUGAAAAGCCAUGGUGCUAUACAACAGAUCGAAACAAGCGAUGGGAAUAUUGUGCAAUUGAACAAUGCUCAGGAGUUCCAACAACUGCAGCAGUUGUACUUGGGACAAUAAAGCCAGGAGACUGUUAUAAUUUUCUGGAUGAUGGAGUUCGGUAUCGAGGUUUUGUUUCCACAACCGAUAGUGGCAGGAAAUGUCAAAGAUGGGAUGCACAAUCUCCUCAUGAACAUACCAGAACACCUGAAAGGUUUUCUUCUGCUGGCUUAGAAAAUAAUUAUUGUCGAAAUCCAGAUAAUGACUUAAGACCAUGGUGCUACACAACUGAUAUAAAUGUCAGAUGGGAGUAUUGUCCUGUUCCAGAAUGUGGAGCAGAAGAAACUCCUACUACGACUAAACCUUUGUUGAUUACUGAGACUGAAACAUCUGCAGUUGAAUCUCCUACUACCACUGCACCUUUGUUGAUUACUGAGACUGAAACAUCUGCAGUUGAAUCUCCUACUACCACUGCUGCUAACACUAAACCUUUGUUGAUUACUGAGAGUGAAACAUCUGCAGCUGUGACAACUUCUGCGGGAUGUUUAACUAUGAAUCUUGAUCUUGUUUUGUUAUUGGAUGUAUCAAGACCAAGAGCAUUCAGAAAAUCUAGAUAUUACACAAGACUGAAUGAAUUUGUGGAUAACAUUGUAUUUGCCAUUAAAUUGGGAAAUGUAACAAAUGUAUCUGUGAUUCAAUUUGCUCAAAGGAGUGAAACUAUGUAUGACUCUCAUGACUAUGUUAGGCUUCCAAUGGGUGAUGUAGACAGACUCCAACAUUUCAUGGAAAAUAAAAGAACUUUAUCACAAAUGUCAAAAAGAAGGGCAAUAUAUCACAACAUUGAAGAUGCCACAAUAAAGUUGAUGUCAUCACCUCGCUAUUCUGACGAAUGUACAAAAAAACUUAUUGUACUUUUUACUACUGGAUCUGCUGCGGAUGAAAAAUAUGAAAGCAAGGCUGUGAAUGCAUUGACAUCAGCGAAAAUACCUUUGUACAUUAGUGGUCUUCCGCUUUCAAAAGUUAAUGCUGCAAAAUUUAGGGGUUUUGCUGACAAGUUGGAUAGCAUUGAUAUGCAUUUCACUAAUGAUUUUGCUGAUGCACAGACAGUACUGUUGCAAUUCUUAUAUGAAUAUGUUCCUGAAUUGCGUCCAGAGGAUGGAGAUGAGUGAUAUAAUUCUCAUGAGUGUGUUAAAGAAACACCACUCUUCUUUUUCUAUGACACAUAUUAAAUCAUGUAUCAAAUGCCAUUUUCGGAAAUUGAGUAUCGGUGUAACUCGAAAUAAAUAAUGCAUAUGACUU